UAAACUAUUAACAGUUAUAACUUUCAUGUUUAUUAAACCUUUUCCUUUUUUUAUAUUUUGUGAUAUUCAAAUUCAAUAGUUUACUAUUUGAAAUAUUAAAAUGGAAAUUUUUUAUAGUAUUAAAUUAUAUGUCUUAAUUUUUUCAUUGCUUAUGUAUAUUCAAAUAGUUAAUAGUACCAAAGAUAAAGUUAAAUUUUUAUUCGAAAAUGAUGGUUGGAAAAAUUUAACUGAAGUGGAGUAUAUUAUGUAUAAUAAUAAUAAAUACACUUUACAACAAACAUUACAAACGCCUGUAACAUCAAAUAGUUGCAAUACUCGCAUUCGUAGUGCAACAAUAAUCCUUGGAUGUUCUUACGCAAACGUAUUGAAAACAAUUUUUUUUAUUAUGGACCGUUUUUUAGAGUAUUGUGAAACAUUAAUAAGUUCAGAAAACGAAAACAAAUAUGCGUACGACUGCACUAUUGAACUAAUCAAUACAAUGCCAAAUUUAAGUUACUUAGCAACACUAAUGAAAGGUGCAUUGGUUUCUAUAGACAAAUUACAUCGUCGCCCAGUGGUAAAUAAUAAAAGAAAUGAACUUAUUUUAAAUAAUGUAACUACUAAGUUGCGUAUCAAAGAAACUUUAAACGUAUUAUCACCUUUACAAAUAAAUCCACUAAAUACUAAAAACAUAAUAAAAAUAAUGAAAAAUUAUUUUAUUGAUAUAAAAUUAUACAUAGAAGAUGAUUUAAAAUUCUGUCAUUUAAAAUCAAUAAAUUUAAAUUCAUUAUGGCAAAUUUUAAAUAAAAAAUAUCAAUUUUCAAAUGAAAAAAAUAGUAAUCAAGAAUUUCGCACCUUUAUUAGUCAUAAGAUCAAAAGUUUAAUCCAUUGGACUAUUAUUGCAAGAUAUACGAAUUUAGGUUUCAAAUUUGACUCAAGCAUCAAAAAAACAAUUUUAUUAGACACAUCAAAGAAAAAUGAAGCAGGAAACUGCUACGAGAGGAAAUAUUCUUCAAUUAAAAUCAAUAAUUUAUUUAAACACAGUGGUUGGAAAAAUAUAAAUGACGUUAACUAUGUCACAUAUUCAAAGUGCAAUCAUACAUUACAAGAUAUAAUUCAAAACACAUAUAAAUAUGAUAAACAAAUACGUAUUAUGACGUUAAUACUUGGAUGUUCAUACACCAACAUUUUAAAGAAUUUUUUAUUUAUGUUACUUCAUUUUCAAGAUCACUGUAAAUAUUUUUCAAAUCAAGAAAAUUUAAACGACUAUGCAUAUAAUUGCACUAUUGAACUUCUAAAAACUAUACCUUAUUUAACUUCAAUGGUAAUAUAUAUGGGAAGUGCGAUAGAUGCUUUAGAUAAAACCCAAAAACUCCCAAUAGGAAAUAAUAAUUUAAACAAAUUUAUUUUAGAUAAUAUAAAAUUAAUCAAGGAAUUGCAAAAUGAAGAAAUGUUGAACUUAUUACCACUUUUACAAAUGAAUCAGUCAAAUAUUAAUGAAACAUUACUUAAAAUUUUAAGUUUCAUUAAUAAAUGGAAUGAUGAACUAAAUAAAAGCAUGAGUAUUUGUAAUAUUAAUUUUGAAACUUUCACUUUAUUUUGGCAAAGUUUUAAUAAUGAAUAUCACAAAAUGCAAUUGGAUGGUAGAUAUAUGGAAUUCUAUAAUUAUCUCAAUUUUAAAAUUAUUAAUUUUUCUCAGUGGGUUAUUCAAGAAAAAUAUGUUAAUUUAGGUUUUAUAUUCAACACAAUUACAAAUGAAACACUUAUACCAGCCCUACUAGAACCAUCAGAAAAUGAAAAUAUAGCUGCAAACGCUUCUACUCAAACGUUGAUUGGCGAAAAUACGGAAGAAUAUUUUGAAGAUUUUACAAUUGAUUUAACUCAAUUACUGAAUGACGAAAAUAUUGAAGAAUAUUUUGAAGAUCAUACAUUCGCUUUUACUCAACAUCUGGAUGACAAAUAUUUUGCAGAAAAAUUACAAUUCGUAGAAAAUUGAACCAGACAUGAAGAAGAGGAUAUUUAAUCAUUAUUGAUUAAUUUUCCCGAAAAUAUCAGAACAAUCAAUAUGUAUUUUUAACUAUUCCAUAUAGCUAUAAAUUGAAAUAUAUGUAGAAAACUAAAUAGGAUUAUUCAAUUUAUAGCCAACUAUGUUGAUUUAUAUUAUAAAUAAUAAUUUAUACGUAUCAAUGAAUCUUUUUUCAAUUCAUUCCAUUGUAUAAUAUUACAUUUUUACUAUUAUUUUAAUUUUAUAAACUAAUAUUAAGUAUUUUUCAUUCCAUAUGAGAAUACAGAAUGGCUCUUCAUCUACAUCUUUAAUAAAU